UGUUCGAAAACUUGCAUGGUGCGUGACGCGGAGAAGGAGCGAAAUAGCAGCGGACAGGACAAGAAACAAUGGCGACAGCGGCAACUGCAGCGGGUGGAACGGGCUCAGGGGGCCCAGCAGCCGGACCAGUGGGCCUUGGAACCGCGGUAGGCCGCAAGAAAGAUGGAGGUCCGUCCUCAAAAUACUGGGAGAGCGCAGAAACUGUCUCUCAGCUCGAUACGGUUCGCCAAUGGAUCGGGAAACACUACAAAAAGUAUGUACAGGCAGACUCUCCCUCCAAUAAGUCCCUGGCAGGUCUGGUGGUGCAGCUGCUUCAGUUCCAGGAAGAUUCUUUUGGCCGGAGGGUCAACAACCCUGCCCUCACCAAGUUACCUACCAAGAGCUUCCUGGACUUCAAGGCAGGUGGCGCUCUGUGUCACAUCCUGGGCUCGUCCUACAAGUUUAAGAGCGAGCAGGGCUGGCGUAGGUUUGACUUGCAGAACCCCUCCAGGAUGGACAGAAAUGUGGAGAUGUUCUUGAAUGUAGAGAAGACUCUGGUUCAGAAUAACUGCCUGACCCGGCCAACUGUGUUCCUGGUACCUGACAUGGACCAGAAGCAGGCCAAUAAGCUGAAGGACAUCAUCAAGAGGCACCAGGGCUCCAUCACUGAGGACAAGUCAAAGGCCACUCAUCACAUCUAUCCCUCUCCAUCACAGCAGGAGGAUGAGGAGUGGCUGCGUCCUGUCAUGCGUAAAGACAAGCAGGUGCUAGUGCACUGGGGCAUGUAUCCAGACAGCUAUGACACCUGGGUGUCCACCAGCGACGUUGAUGGGGAGGUGGAGGACCCGCCCACCUCAGAGAAGCCUUGGAAGGUGCAUGCCAAGUGGGUCCUGGACACAGAUGCUUUCAACGAGUGGAUGAAUGAGGAAGACUAUGAAGUGGACGAGAACAAGAAGACUGUGAGCUUCCGCCAGAGGAUCUUCCCACGGGAGGAGGAGUCUUCCCGUACAUCCGAUCGUAAGGAGCGCAAGGCCAAUGCCGCCGGCAAGAAGAGGAGGCGCUCUCCGUCUCCCCCAACCACGCCAGUCGAAUCCCGCAAAAAGGGCGGCAAGAAGGGGAACCCCGGGCCUCACUGGAAGCGUCGUGGCCACCGUGGCGAGGAGGAGGAGGAGGAAGACCUGACCAAGGACAUGGAAGACCCCUCGCCUGUCCCUGGUGUGGAGGAAGUCAUGCUGCCCAAGAACAUAAACCCUAAGAAAGACAGCGAGAACACCCCUGUGAAGGGAGGGGCGGUGGCUGAUCUUGAUGAACUAGAGGACGACUCGGUGGUCUCUGGGGGCAAGGAGGAAGAGGAGCAGGGCAAGGCCGAGGUCAACCGCCUCAUUGACUCUAGCGAGGACAACGUGACAGAGCAGACCCACCACAUAAUCAUCCCCAGCUACGCUGCCUGGUUUGACUACAAUUGUAUCCAUGAGAUUGAAAGGCGUGCAUUGCCUGAGUUCUUCAAUGGCAAGAACAAGUCCAAGUCCCCAGAGAUAUACCUGGCUUACCGCAACUUCAUGAUCGACACCUACCGGCUCAACCCCCAGGAGUACCUGACCUCCACCUCCUGCCGCCGAAACCUGACGGGAGAUGUGUGUGCUGUCAUGAGGGUCCAUGCAUUCCUGGAGCAGUGGGGUCUGGUGAACUACCAGGUGGAUGCUGAAAGCCGGCCGCUCCCCAUGGGGCCCCCACCCACCCCCCACUUUAACGUGCUGGCUGACACCCCAUCUGGCCUGACACCAAUGCACCACCGCCCCCCACAGAUCCCCCCUAGCCAGCAGAUGCUUAACUUUCCAGAGAAGGGAAAGGACAAGCCGUCUGACCUGCAGAACUUUGGCCUGCGCAACGACCUCUACUCCAAGAAGAACCCCAAAAGUAAAGGGACCAGCGGUGGCAGGGAGUGGACUGAGCAGGAGACUCUGCUCCUAUUAGAGGCUUUGGAGAUGUACAAGGACGACUGGAACAAGGUAUCAGAGCAUGUGGGCUCACGCACCCAGGACGAGUGUAUCCUGCACUUCCUCCGCCUGCCCAUCGAGGACCCCUACCUGGAGAACUCAGAGUCGUCCCUUGGGCCCCUGGCCUACCAGCCUGUCCCUUUCAGCCAAUCGGGCAACCCUGUCAUGAGCACCGUGGCCUUCCUGGCCUCUGUUGUGGACCCCCGUGUGGCCUCCGCUGCAGCCAAGGCAGCUCUGGAGGAGUUUAGCCGUGUCCGUGAGGAGGUACCAGCAGAGCUGGUGGAGGCCCAUGUGAAGAAGGUGCAGGAGGCGGCGCGCAGCACAGGCAAGGUAGACCCUGCCUUUGGCCUGGAAAGCAGCGGCAUUGCUGGAACUGCCCCUGAGGAACCUGAAAAGACAGAACCAGCAGAAGCCGAGAAGAUGGACACAGACUCCGACUCCCAGCAUCCUGAUAAGGGUGAGUCAAAGGACGAGGCAGAGAAGCCCGGUGAGUCAGCCGAGAAGCCAUCCGAGGCAGAGAAAGUGAAGAGUGAGACGACCGAACAGUCGGAGGAAGGCGAGAGUGACGGAGGAGAGGACAAGGAUGCAGCUGUCUGUGCCUCAUUUUCAGAUAAAGACAAGGAAGAAGCCAUGGAGACGUCGGAGGAGAAGGAGGAGGACCAGGGAACCACAGAGGAGGAGAAGAGGCGGAAGCUGGAGCCGGAUGGAGGGGAAGGGAACAUUGCCACUGCAGCUGCUGCGGCCCUCGCCUCUGCCGCCACCAAGGCCAAGCAUCUGGCCGCGGUGGAGGAGAGGAAGAUCAAGUCUCUGGUGGCUCUGUUAGUGGAGACUCAGAUGAAAAAGCUGGAGAUCAAGCUCCGACAUUUUGAAGAGCUGGAGACCAUCAUGGACCGAGAGAAAGAGGCUUUGGAGUUGCAGAGGCAGCAGCUGCUGACAGAGCGCCAGGCCUUCCACAUGGAGCAGCUGAAGUAUGCUGAGAUGAAGGCCCGCCAGCAGAUGGAGCAGCAGCAGGCCAACGCAGCAGCCCAGGGCCCCAGUCCUGGACCCCACCACGGGCCCCCAGGGCCCAACAUGCACCAUGGGCCCCCUGGACCACCCCACCACGGACCCCCUCCCGCCAUGCACCCUGGACAUGGCCCCACCGGACCUGGGUUCCCCCCCAUGGGGCACCACUCUAUGGGCCCCCACCACUCACAACAGACAGGACCAGUAGGAGGGCCUGGUCAGCCCAUGCCAGGGCGCAUGAUGCCAGGCCCCCUAAUGGGCCCCCGCCAUCCUGGAGCUCCCAACGGCAUGUAUGCUGGCCCCCCGCCUGUCCAGCCUGAUGCCAUGCCCCCGGCGCCCGUAGGACCACAAGCGGCUGUCCCAGCACGAGUUGCUGAUAACUAAAAACCCCUCCCCCGAAACCCCUCACGCCUCACAACCUCAGCUCAUUGGUGGCUUUGCUACUGGCUGGGUGUUUUCUCACAUCCCAAAACUUCUCCUGGCUUACACACACACACACACACACACACACACACACACACACACACACACACACACACACACACACCCCUCCCACCCACCCAGGGCACAGCGUCCAGGGGGCUGUGUAUCUGUACCCCUUGUCUAGUAAGAACACUGUUUUGUCCUCACUCAGUUUGCUAUGGGGCUGAUGAGAUGGUAGGUUAGAGAGAUCCCCUCCUGGUCACUUUGAGCAUAUAUUGUUGUUCUCUAUUUAAAAGAAUAUAAAACGAAUUCUGGAAGAAUAUAGGAAAAUGCCCUCUUUUUUCCCCCUUGUUUCCGUCUUACUCUUUUAUAAUGAUAUGGUAGUCUCCUGUUAGCUCUGCUGCCUCCCUGCCUUCUUACCCCAACACAACACCAGGGGGAGCUAGUUGAGUUUAAAGGCUAGUUCAUCAUUUCAGGGACCUGUGUGUUGGACACUGUAACUGAAUAGGACCACAAGGGGUUCUACCACACACAGACACUGAGGGGGCCAGCAACCCUCCCCUCACACACUUGUCUCAAUGAGAAUCUACCUCUCCACUUUGCUCUUCUAAAGUGAAACACUGUAGUCAGAAGUGUGUGUGUGUGUGUGUGUGUGUGUGUGUGAGAUACAGAACAUUGUGUGCACAGAGACAAGGGUGUUUGAUGACUGUCUGCUUGACUGCUCCGCCCCUCUUAUGGCAUGGGUCACACCACCGAUCGAAGAGGGUGUCUACAGGGCCCAUAACUCGUACCAGCCCUCCCUCUAUUCACACAUGGCCAGCCCCCACCAUUCAGGCGUAGCAUUGUAACACACACACUUUGAUGAACCCUGCUCUAGUGCACUGAAGGCUGCGCUCUCUCACACACAGGCCUAAUCUCCCACUGACCUUCAUCCAUUAUUUUAGUGAGCUAAAUAUGGUGAUCUAGCUUCAGUCACAAUAUGCUCUUCCUCUGUGGUGGAGUGGGCUUCUAGCUGUUCAGGUGCUGAUAAUGUAGCUACUUACCCUGCGUACCGCUACCUCUCGUCAUCCAUUUCCAUUCAUUUCAAUGCCCCUCACAUCACUUCUCUGCUAGCACUGUCGUCUUCCCGCAACCUCUUUUACCUCCCUUGUCUGUCUGCUACCUCUCUAGAAGUCCUCAUGUUCUCUGCUGGCUACCUCUGCUCUGUGCACCCCUCUGCUACCUCUAGUACCCGUCUCUGACUUGCUGCCCAUGUGACUGCUGCAUUACCGCUCCCUCAGGUAGAAGAACACACAUCUCUCACAUACUUCCUUAUUUUACAUCUUUCCAUGCUGUUAACAAACAUGAUGGGAACCCUCUUAUAUGGCUUUUGUUGUUUUAUGGUAAUGUAUUUUAAGAAUAAAUUUUGUGUAGGUUGAGUUCUUUGUUCUUGGAAGUUUGUAGCAUUAUUGUUUUUUUUAUUCAGGUCUUGGUACUUUGACCUGGACGAUGUCUAAUAAACUUUUUGUAUCAAGG